AUGAGGAAGGCGGCGCUGCCAUGGCUACUGGGCUUCAUGAAGUUCACCUUAGCUGCGAUACUAUUCUUUGGGUCAUCGAAAAGCUCAGAUGUAGAUUUCUUCGACAUCGUGGACCAAACGACGGCAGAAUAUUUGACGGCUGAAAGGCGAGGGAGAAAUCUUGGUCGAAGCAGUGGUAGUUCAGCGGCGGUUAUUUCCCCGCCGAGGAAUAACAAGUACUGGGGAGCAUCUAUGCAAAUUAUUAAAGGUAAGAUGGUGCGUUUAUUGCGCGUUUAUUUGAUGCACAUCAAACCUUUAAAAAAUUAACACAGUGCUUCCAAUCCAAGGCAAAAAUUGGGAGCUCACACAAUGAAGACGGCAACGAGAAUAACUAUUAAAAUCAAUUCCUCGUCGUUUAUAAAUUCAUCGGGUACAUUCCGACCAGUUAAAUUUGUCAAACGGGGCGACUGCCCUUUCGGGCGCAGCCUCCCAGUAUUAGGCCAUUAUAGGGAGUAUCCCCCCCGGCCCCGAUGAAAACGUGGUAUUAGGAAAAUUUACGCAGUAGUUCUGCAGAGAAAAGGAAAUCAAUGUAUCGACUAGGAAAGGACAGAAACUGUGCAGGAUGUGAAACAUUGUUUUGGUCGUUAAGUGCCUAUCUUUUGCGUUAUUGUUGUGGUUAUCAGCCGCAAUACAACUCUCUAACUCAGCGCUCAGGAAGAAACGACGAAACGCCCACAAAUGAAACAUGACAAAUUUGUUCAUACGAAAUAGUUUAAACACAAAGUUUUUACCACGCUUGUAUGAUCAGAGAAAAGCUUAAUUUCUUUUCGUUAUCAGGAAUGAAUGAAGCCAAGCGAGAAUCCAGGCGUUUAUCUAGUAGAGGAAGAAGGAAAUUGAAGCAGUCUAUCAGAAAUGCUAUCAAGGACAAUGAAAUCCCAAAGGCAUUAAACUUAGUUGGACAUCUAGUAAGUAUUGUAGAGAGAUCCAAUAAACAAAACCAAACAUUUAGGCUUUCCUAACUCAGUCGAAUGGGCAACUAGGAGAUAGCCUUGAAGUGUUUUAAACUUGGAGCAGAAAAUGGAGUUAUUCUCGGUUACGUCACAAACAAUUAUAUCCGAUGAAAGUCACUGUGACCAUAGUAACUUAACUGAUAAUAGUCCCUGCCUCGUCCUCAAGCGUCCCUCUUUGAAAUUAAUGGGUGAUACAUUUUUUCCUUCCCGUUUGCUGUCGCGAGUUGAGGAUNAACUUAGUUGGACAUCUAGUAAGUAUUGUAGAGAGAUCCAAUAAACAAAACUAUUGAGUUUGCAAACAUUUAGGCUUUCCUAACUCAGUCGAAUGGGCAACUAGGAGAUAGCCUUGAAGUGUUUUAAACUUGGAGCAGAAAAUGGAGUUAUUCUCGGUUACGUCACAAACAAUUCUAUCCGAUGAAAGUCACUGUGACCAUAGUAACUUAACUGAUAAUAGUCCCUGCCUCGUCCUCAAGCGUCCCUCUUUGAAAUUAAUGGGUGAUACAUUUUUUCCUUCCCGUUUGCUGUCGCGAGUUGAGGAUCACCUUUUGGCCGUGUUAGGGUAAAUGAUCGGAAAUGAAAACUGUUUGCCUUCUGGACCUGGCGUUACCUGAUACUGAUCUAUAAAUAAAGACGAAGAUAAAUGACCUUUUUUUUCUCCUUUAAUGCUUUUUACAGUUCCGUCCGGAGUGCCACUGUCCUAAGAGUCAAGCCCCCUGCGGACGCUUACCAAAGCACUGCAAAAAGACACCAUCCGAACACGAAAACGUGUUCAAACAGCUUCGCAAAAUUCUGGGCGAUGACCUCGACACCCUACUGGGGCGCGAUGGCAAUGUGUCACUGAUCUUUGUGAUUGACACCACUGGUAGUAUGGGAGAUGAGAUCGAAGCGGCAAAAAGGAUUGUUAAGGCCAUUGCAGCUCAUCCAAGGAAAGCCCCUGUCCAGUAUAUUCUGUCACCAUACGGAGACCCUCGUAAGUCCCAAUAGUGACCAAUAACAAUUUUCUCCUAACAAAAUCCAUACAUUUUCAAGAGAUAAAGUUAUGAAAAUUAAUAAAAUGAUCAUCAAAGAGAAAAUGCCAGGAUAUUUUAUCAAAUUCUCUCAACUAAUUCUUAAAGGAAAUGUAUGGAGAUCAGUUUGGAGAAUUUGCAUGUGGAUAUUGGGGCUUAAAAGGUUAAGAGCGUCGGUGGAAUGGCCAAGGAAAUUCGCAGUCUGUGAUUGGACAGGAGUUCCAUAAUAUGUACUAAUUGACUGAGUGAGAGGGUUGAACGGGAAAAUAUUUGGCUCGAAGUCAGAACGUACGGACCGACCGCAUAAAAUGCGUAUUAACUCAGUCGAUACGCUUUUUACCGUAUGACCGUUGUUUUUGAAUUUUUAUGAUGGAGCGAAAAUACCCGGAUUUGUGUGGACUCUGGACAAGGCCUAUAUCUAAUCAAUCAAUCAAUUUAGGGAGUUUAAGAAAAGACGUUUUUGAGCGACGCACGUCAAAUCGGAAGUGGACUUUUUACAAAAUUCGGCAGUGGUUUCGCCUAAAUUUUUGGGCAAGUCGUCUCUAUGACAGCAAAGACACCAAGCAUUACGCAUUUGGCAGUGUCAAGGUACUGCCUCGUACCCAGACGUCUCUCUUUUGAUGAAAAUGUGCGCGCAAAGGAAGGCGGGAAGGAGACAACGGGCGAGCUUCGCCUGCCGUCUGUACCCUUCCCAUGGUCCCUUGCGGUUCAUCACCAGUCACUCGUUUCGCGCUCCCCUCUGCCAUGCGAAAAACGAAGCGCCUGAGGAGGAGGCUGGUCAAGGUAUAUUAAAGGGGAAAACACCUCAAUUCCGGUUGGCGGGCGUCACUCAAAAACGCCUCACUUCCGGUUGGCGUGCGUCACUCAAAAACGCGCUUGCUUAAACUCACGAAUGAAUAAGAAAGGUUAACAAAAAAAUUUUCUUGUUUUCACAGUUUGGGGAAACACCAUGAGUUUCUCAGACGAGUCUUCAUUUGUAUCAGCUCUCGACCGGCUGACGGCUUUCGGCGGCAAGGAUUGCCCUGAACUGGCAUUCAACGGGAUAAUAGAUGCUAUUGAAAUCGGAAAACCAGCGAUUACUUCGCCUAUGUUUGUGUUAACCGACGCAGGAGUGAAACCUGGAGAGGGACCCAAGUACACGCUUGACAACGCCCUUGGUGUAGUCAUGAACAACCUGAUACCCGUGAAUUUUUUCUACAGUACAGAGUCGGGAUCCUGCGGGACCUUCCAACGACAUGAAGCGUUCGUAGAGCUUGUGGACGAGACAGAAGGUUUCGCAAUGCAGUUUAAUUCCUCGGGCGAGAUCAUGAAGAUGAGCGAAGCGAUGGCAUUGGCUCUUGAUGGUACGACGACGAUCCUUGAAGGACGCUUGACUACAAGCCGAGGUCGUACUUUGCGUUCGGCAAGGGACAAAACUUACACAAUACCGGUGGACGAUACUAUCGAAACGCUUCUUGUUACUUAUAUCGCCUCAAUGAUCCCCAUCGCGUGGAACUUCGAAAUCCCGCUCGCUUGCCCCAGCCACGAACAGAAAAUCUCGCCCAGGGAGGAGUUUGGAUUAUCAAGAGACCAACGCACGGCAUUUGGUCGCUCGUCUUCCCAGCUAACACUGGAACACACACUGUCAAGGUUCAAUCGACCAGUGCCUUCAACUUGGACUUUGAUUACCUAUUCUUUGAUGGACAGGAACUGGGAGGAGAAUGGCACGACUAUGUAG